UGAUGGAGGGAACAGUGAUGGAGGGAAUGGUGAUGGAGGGAAAGGUGAUGGAGGGAAUGGUGAUGGAGGGAACGGUGAUGGAGGGAACGGCGAUAGAGGGAACGGUGAUGGAUGGAAUGGUGAUGGAGGGAACGGUGAUGGAGGGAACGGUGAUGGAUGGAAAGGUGAUGGAGGGAACGGUGAUGGAGGGAACGGUGAUGGAGGGAACGGUGAUGGCGGGAACGGUGAUGGAGGGAACGGUGAUGGAGAGAAAGGUGAUGGAUAA